UUCACCAAUCCGUGGAUGUGACAUUACCCGUGUGUUUGGAACAUUUGAGGACGAAAGUGUAAUAAGCCAUAAUGAAGUCAAAAUGAGCAAGAAGGCCGAGACAAACACAUGGUCCGUCUAUGACAAAGUGAGGCAGAAGUUCAGCACCCAGACCCCAGCUGAGCGUGAUCAGUUCCUCCCCGGAUCGUUUCCUGAGGGCUUUCAGUGGGCUGUCUCCAGCACUUCUUUUAAAGUGGAGGGCGGCUGGGCUGAAGACGGCAAAGGCGAGACGAUAUGGGACCGAUUUGGACACCAGCAUCAUGUGUUUGAUAACCAAACUGCUGACUUGGCUUGUGACAGCUACAACAAGGUGGACUAUGAUGUGUAUCUUCUCAGAGGUCUUAACAUCAACAUCUACCAGUUCUCCAUUUCUUGGGCCAGAAUCUUCCCCUCUGGCCUCAGGGAAAGCCUGUCAGAGAAAGGAGCCCUUUAUUAUGACAAACUGAUCGAUACCCUCCUUCAAUCGGGCAUAGAUCCUGUUGUCACCCUGUACCACUGGGAUCUUCCUCAGGCCCUGCAAGACAAAGGAGGCUGGGAGAGUCCCACCAUUGUGGGAGCUUUUAAAGACUUUGCCGACUACUGCUUCUCCAGAUAUGGAGACAGAGUGAAAACCUGGAACACCUUCAGCAGUCCUCAGGUGGUCAGUCACUCUGGCUAUGGCACUGGGGAGCAUGCGCCAGGAGUUAAGGACCCAGUUGUUGCAUCUUAUCAGGUGACCCACAAUAUUCUGAAGUCCCACGCUGAGGCCUGGCACACCUACAAUGAUAACUACAGGAAACAGCAGGGUGGGAAAGUGGGCAUUGCUCUGAACGCAGACUGGGCUGAACCUCUGGACUCUACCACCACUGGCUCAGUUGAGGCAGCUAAUCGCUACAUGGACUUCAUGCUGGGCUGGUUUGCUCACCCCAUAUUUGUGAAUGGAGACUAUCCAGAUAGACUCAAGACUCAGAUUGAACUGAAGAAGGCCGAGUGUCAACCCACUGAGGUAGCCAGAUUACCUGUGUUCACAGAUACUGAAAAACAGAGGAUCAAAGGAACUGCAGAUUUCUUUGGGCUUAACCACUACACCACCCGUCUCGUAAAUGACAGCACGGGAGGCUGCCAUCCAGGACCUCAUGGUGUUGGAGACUUCCAGACCCAUGUUGACCCCGAUUGGCCAACCACAGACUCUGACAUGAUUCACUCAGUGCCAUGGGGGCUUCGUCGUUUGCUUAAGUAUGUAUCAGAUGCAUUCUUAUCUGUCACCAAAGUACCAAUCUACAUCACUGGAAAUGGAAUGCCGAUUGACAGCAGUGGUGAUAGUUUGAAUGACACGGAACGCAUAGACUUCCUGAAGACAUACAUCAAUGAAGCAAUGAAAGCUAUUAAUCUUGAUAGGGUUGAUGUUCAGAUGUACACCGUUCAGUCACUAAUGGAUGGAUUUGAGGGUCCAAAAGGUUAUAGCGAAAGAUUUGGCCUGCAUCAUGUCAAUUUUGAGGAUAUGAACCGACCACGGACCCCCAAGGCAUCCGCAUACUACUAUUCCCAUAUUGCUCAGAUGAACGGCUUUGAAAAUGUGCAAGCAAGACCUGUUUUAGAUAUUGCAAGGUCAGUGUUACAGAAGCGCCAAGGUCUCGCUGCAUCAGAAGUCCCCUCCAGAUCCAAAGUUGUUUGGGAACAAUUCUCUCACCAAACAAAGUUUCAGAGAAAAUUCUACCACUAUGGAACAUUUCCUGAAGAUUUCUUGUGGGGCGUGUCUUCCUCUGCCUAUCAGAUAGAAGGUGCGUGGAACAUGGAUGGUAAAGGGAAAAGUGUGUGGGACACUUUCACCCAAAAGCCUGACAGUACAAUUCCUAACAAAGACAAUGGCAAUGUGGCAUGUGACAGUUAUAAUAGGAUGGAAGAGGACCUGUAUAUGCUAAGGGCUUUAAAAGUUAAGUCAUACAGAUUUUCCUUGUCCUGGUCAAGAAUCUUUCCAGAUGGCAACAUAACCUCUCUGAAUACUAAGGGAGUAGAAUAUUAUAAUAGCCUCAUUAAUGGUCUUCUAGCCAAUAACAUUGCUCCAAUUGUGACUCUCUAUCACUGGGACCUGCCUCAAGCUUUGCAAGACCUUGGUGGAUGGAAUGAUGUCGAUAUGAUUAACACCUUCAAUGACUUUUGUGACUAUUGCUUUAGCACAUUUGGGGAUAGAGUUAAGUUUUGGAUCACAUUCAACCAACCUCAUACGAUUGCAUGGUCAGGUUAUGGGCUGGGGCAGAUUCCUCCCAAUGUUGAAGAACCAGAUCAAGCCCCAUAUAAUAUUGCCCACAAUCUCUUGAGGGCCCAUGCCAAGGUAUAUCACAUGUAUGAUGUUAAGUACAGGCCAACACAAGGAGGUUUAGUUUCCAUCAGCCUCAAUGCAGACUGGGUUGAGCCAAAAGACCCUAACACCCCACGAGAAGUAGUUGCAGCUGACCGAGCUCUCCAGUUCCAGCUUGGUUGGUUUGCCCAUCCCAUCUUUAAAAACGGGGACUACCCAGAUGCCAUGAAGUGGCAAGUCGGCAACAAGAGCGAACUUCAGGGUCUUGAACAAUCCAGAUUACCAAUAUUCACGGAUGAGGAAAAAGCAUCCAUUCAAGGAAGUGCAGAUUGUUUCUGCAUCAAUGCUUACACCACCAAAGUUGUCCGUCACGAGACAACCAGACUCACUCCGCCGUCAUAUGAAACUGACCAGGACUUGGCCAAGGAGGAGGAGGAAGAUUCCCAGCCUUCAGCCCUAAAAGACCAAAGGGCCGUAGCCUUUGGACUUAGAAGACUUCUCAACUGGAUCAAAGAGGAGUAUGGCAAUCCGCUUGUUUACAUCACUGAGAACGGAGUGGCUACAGAUCCCGACACCACAGUCGACGACACAGACAGAGUAUUCUUUUACAAGACGUACAUAGACGAGGCGCUUAAAGCACACAACCUGGAUGGAGUGAAUGUUAAAGGCUAUAUGGCCACCUCCCUGAUGGACUCAUUUGAGUGGCUCAAUGGCUACAAUGUGGGAUUCGGGCUUCAUCACGUUGACUUCACACACCUUCUCCGCCCAAGGACUCCAAAACGAUCUGCUCACUACUAUUACCAAAUCAUCCAAGACAAUGGCUUUCCACUACCAGAAGAGGAGAAAAUGAUCUAUGGUCACUUUGGAGAAAACUUUGCCUGGAGCACCGCAACAGCAUCAUACCAGAUCGAAGGUGGCUGGCGAUCAGAGGGGAAGGGCCUAAGUAUUUGGGACCAGUAUGCUCACACUCCUCUAAGGGUGUGGGACUCCGACACAGGGGACAUCGCCUGUGACAGCUUCAACAAGAUUGAGGAGGACGUGGACAUGCUCAAAAGACUCAAGGUCAACCACUACAGGUUCUCCAUCUCGUGGCCCAGGGUCAUGCCAGAUGGGACCAAUAGAUUCAUCAACAAGCCUGGACUCGACUACUAUCACCGCCUCGUGGAUGCCCUGCGGGCGGCAAACAUUAAGCCUCAGAUGACACUGUAUCAUUGGGAUCUCCCACAAGCUCUGCAAGACCAGGGUGGCUGGGAGAACGACACCAUUGUGGAUCGCUUCAGGGAGUAUGCUGACGUCGUGUUUGAGAGCUUGGGCGACAAAGUCAAAUUUUGGAUUACCAUUAAUGAGCCUUACAAUGUGGCUAAUAUUGGGCAUGGAUAUGGCACUGCGGCUCCAGGCAUAAGCUUCAGGCCAGGCACUCUACCGUACAUCGUGGGCCAUAACCUGCUGAAGGCCCAUGCAGAAGCCUGGCACCUCUACAACGACAAGUACCGUGCUAAGCAGGGUGGCAUCAUCUCCAUCACCAUCAACUCGGACUGGGCAGAGCCACGCAACCCCUACAAGCAGGAGGACAUCGAUGCUGCCCGGCGUGUGGUGCAGUUUUACAUCGGCUGGUUUGCUCACCCUGUGUAUAAUGGAGAUUACAGUGAUGUCAUGAAGACAAUCAUUGCGGAGAGAAGUAUGGCUGCUGGACUGCCCAAAUCAAGACUCCCAGAGUUCACUCCAGAAGAAGUGACGAGAAUCAAAGGGACCUACGAUUACUUUGGUUUCAACCACUACACCACUGUCUUGGCUUUCAAAGUGGACUACAAGAAUCUUCAGCACUAUGAUGCGGAUAGAGGGGCUGGGACUAUCGCGGACCGUACUUGGCUGGACUCCGGCUCGUCCUGGCUUAAGGUAACUCCACCCGGAUUCAGGAAAAUCUUGAACUUCAUCAAAGAGGAGUAUGGGAACCCUCCCAUUAUCAUCACAGAGAACGGCAUCUCUGAACGCGGCCCUGUGGUCUUCAACGAUACCCACAGGAUCCACUUCUACGAGAGUUACAUCAAUCAAGCACUUAAAGCUUACCUGAUUGACCGUGUUGACAUCCGUGGCUACACUGCCUGGUCUCUGAUGGAUAACCUGGAGUGGGCCACUGGCUUUGAGGAGAAGUUUGGCCUGUACUAUGUUAACCGCUCUGACGCCACCCUGCCCCGUGUGCCCAAGGAGUCUGUGAAGCGCUACGGCACCAUCAUCAGCUGCAACGGCUUCCCCGAUCCCGCUCAAGGCCAUCACCCCUGCCUGACCCCUGAACCCGAAGGUACGCCCACCACCUUACCCCCUGUGGAGAUCCCAUCAGUGGUGUUCCUGGGCAUGGAUCUGGCCGUGUCGGAUGCGCAGGUGGCCCUCAACGCCCUCUUCAGCCUCACUAUCAUCGCCACCGCAGCUGCAGCUCUCCUGGGCUUCCAGUGCCACCGGGCAUCCAAGAGGACAAAACACCUGUCAAGUGAGAACCUCCAAAUGCAGUAAAGGUUUUGAGGAUGUGUGAGAUGUACAUUUUUAUUACCUCCGCCAAGAGGUUGUGUUGUCGGUCUCAUUGGUUUGUUUUUCUGUUUGUUUGUCUGUCUGUCAGCGGGAUAACUCAAAAAGUUAUGAAUGGAUUUUGAUGAAAUUUUGUAGACUUGUGAGUGCAUUAUUUGAGUGACAGAAGUUUCCAAGCAGUCAGAGGUUGCAGAGGGGCCCUUAGCUGUGCACGCAGACAGGACUUUUAACUGAAUGGGAAACCGAUGAAGGCCUAUAGUUUUUUUGUUUGUUUGUUUUAUUAUGUUGUUUAUUUGAAAUAAGAUGUAAAACAAAAAUCUUUAAAAUUCUAUUUUAUGCACUGUAUCCUACUGUAUGUCAUUGUGUACAUGUUGGCAUAACUGGCUACAAUUCAGUUUGGCUAUCAAUGUUAAAAGGAACUUUUUACAUUUGUAUGUGGAUAUUGGCCUGUUCUACAAUGACAUUUUACACAUGUGCUUAGGAGGCACCAAUUCUGCCUUCAGUGCUUUGACGAUUGUAAUGUACUUU